CAACUGACAGAAGAGCAGAUUGCAGAAUUCAAAGAAGCUUUUUCACUAUUUGACAAGGAUGGUGAUGGUACUAUAACUACGAAGGAGUUGGGGACUGUGAUGAGAUCACUUGGUCAGAACCCCACAGAAGCAGAAUUACAGGAUAUGAUCAAUGAAGUAGAUGCUGAUGGCAAUGGCACAAUUGACUUCCCAGAGUUUCUGACAAUGAUGGCAAGAAAAAUGAAAGAUACAGAUAGCGAAGAAGAAAUUAGAGAAGCGUUCCGUGUGUUUGACAAGGAUGGUAACGGUUACAUUAGUGCUGCAGAACUUCGUCAUGUGAUGACAAAUCUUGGGGAAAAGCUAACAGAUGAAGAAGUUGAUGAAAUGAUUAGGGAAGCAGACAUUGAUGGUGAUGGUCAAGUAAACUAUGAAGAGUUUGUACAAAUGAUGACAGCGAAGUGAAGACGUUGUACAGAAUGUGUUAAAUUUCUUGUACAAAAUUGUUUAUUUGCCUUUUCUCUGUUUGUAACUUAUCUGUAAAAGGUUUUUCCCUUACUGUCAAAAGAAUAUGCAUGUAUAGUAAUUAGAAGGCCAUUCCUCCAUGUUUUUCUCCUUUAUCUUACUGUCAUUGUUCUGAUUUUUGGAAAAUUGAUCUAAGUAACAAAUGUUGCAUGUGGCUUACUCUGGAUAUUUAAGCCCUUCUGCACAUCUAAUGUUAGAUGGAGUUGGUUAAAUGAGGGAACAUCUGGGUUGUUUAAAAAUAGCUUUCUCUAGAAGACUUAGGUAUGACUAGUGUAACAAGUUACAUAAAGUAAGUUAGGUUUUACCAUGCAUUAGCAGUUCCUUAUUUAAAGCAAGAUGCUGACUCUAGUUUUCCAGUGCAUAAGAGUUUAUUCUGCUUCUGCUAAUUGAGAUUAAAGAUUCCUACAGUUGACUGCAGGAUAAAACCAUGUGAAUAGCGUAUGUGGCUAAUGCACUGUAGGGAGUAUUCUGACUUACUUCAUAGUAACUUGUUUGUGGCCAUACCUGUAACAUGUUGUUGAAAUGUGGAGUCUUAACAUUGUGGACGAUUGACAGUCAACAAUAUGAAUCUUAAAAGUUGCACUAAUGCAAAACGGGUGUAUUAUCCAGGUACUCGUACACAAUUUUUUUUGUACUGCUGGUCCUGUACCAGAAAACAUUUUCUCCUCUUGUUACUAUGCUUUUUAAACUUUGUUUAGCCACUUAUUUUCAAAAAAAAAAAAAUCUGCUUAUGGCAUGAUUUGCCUCAAAUCCAUUCCAAGUUGUAUAUUUGUUUUCCAAUAAAAAAUUACAAUUUACCCAUA